UCCAGGAUAUCCCAGGAACUCUUAGAAGGCUUUAAAAACCGACUUGCUCCCUGCAAGCACAUCUUUGAUGAAGACAAUUUCAGGCGAGCAGGGUGACUAUUGCGCAAAGGAUGACGUGAAUUGUUGCAAUCUUGCAGUGGGUCUGGAGAAUUCCUUGCUACCUAACUUGUCAUGGUCAGGGGGAGAGCUUGACGCAAAUCCAGUUUUGAUAAAGACAAUUGGUUUUUCCUCCCCAAGUGACUAUACGUUUAAAUAGCUAAAACAUCUGUUCAGCAACAUAGUAAAACAUGUACACCCGGAACGCCUGAGAGAAGAGCCUGCCAAACAAUCGGUGGAGGGGGACUUUGCUGGUGGGAGCACACCGAGAUAAAGCAACCACUGUUUAUUUUGUCUGGUCAGGGUGGGGAGAGCCGGGACAACCCAUGUUUUGGGUUUCUUGGACUUCAUUUGUGUGAAGAACUAUUCGAGAAGGGCUGGUGAGGGGCUGUUUCCUGAUAGGACCUUUCACAGCUGUCCAUUCGUACAAGAGCAAGAGAACUUUUGGAUGCCAACAUCUAAGAGACUCUUGAGACCGGCCAACAAACCACACACGGCGACUCUCUCCUGGCCUGGGCUCCACAUCCCUUCCGAUGGAAGCAGAGACGGGGAGCAGCAUGGAGGCUGGGAAAUCGGCCAACAGAGGCACUCGGAUUGCCCUGGCCGUGUUCAUCGGUAGCACCCUGGUGCUGGGCACCAUCCUCUUUCUAGUGAGUCAAGGUUUCUUACAUCUCCAAGCUAAACAGGAGUACUGCCUGAAGCCAGAAUGCAUUGAAGCUGCUGCUGCCAUCUUGAGUAAAGUAAAUCCAUCUGUGGACCCUUGUGAUAAUUUCUUCCGGUUUGCUUGUGAUGGCUGGAUAAACAGCAAUCCAAUUCCUGAAGAUAUGCCAAGCUACGGGGUUUAUCCUUGGCUGAGACAUAAUGUGGACCUCAAGUUGAAGGCACUUUUGGAGAAAUCAAUCAGUAGAAGGCGGGACACCGAAGCCAUACAGAAAGCCAAAAUCCUUUAUUCAUCGUGCAUGAAUGAGAAAGCGAUCGAAAAGGCAGAUGCCAAGCCAUUGCUACACAUCCUGCAGCACUCACCUUUUCGCUGGCCCGUGCUCGAGUCUAACAUCGGUCCUGAAGGGGUUUGGUCAGAGAGGAAGUUCAGCCUUCUUCAGACACUUGCAACGUUUCGUGGUCAAUACAGCAAUUCUGUAUUUAUCCGUUUGUACGUGUCCCCCGACGACAAGGCAUCCAAUGAACACAUCUUGAAGCUGGACCAAGCAACGCUCUCCCUAGCUGUGAGGGAAGACUACCUUGACAAUAGCACAGAAGCCAAGUCUUACCGGGAUGCCCUUUACAAGUUCAUGGUGGACACUGCUGUACUUUUGGGUGCUAAUAGCUCCCGAGCAGAGCAUGACAUGAAGUCAGUGCUUAAAUUGGAAAUUAAGAUAGCUGAGAUAAUGAUUCCACAUGAAAACCGAACCAGCGAGGCCAUGUACAACAAAAUGAACAUUUCCCAGCUGAGUGCCAUGAUCCCCCAGUUUGACUGGCUGGGCUACAUCAAGAAGGUCAUCGAUACCAGACUCUACCCUGACCUGAAGGACAUCGGCCCCUCCGAGAACGUGGUGGUUCGUGUCCCGCAGUACUUUAAGGAUCUGUUUAGGAUACUGGGCUCUGAGAGGAAGAAGACCAUUGCCAACUAUUUGGUGUGGAGGAUGGUUUAUUCCAGAAUUCCAAACCUUAGCAGGCGCUUCCAGUAUAGGUGGCUGGAAUUCUCAAGGGUAAUCCAGGGGACAACAACUUUGCUGCCUCAAUGGGACAAAUGUGUUAACUUUAUCGAAAGCGCCCUCCCUUACGUUGUUGGGAAAAUGUUUGUGGAUGUGCACUUCCAGGAAGAUAAGAAGGAGAUGAUGGAAGAAUUGAUUGAGGGUGUUCGCUGGGCCUUUAUUGACAUGCUGGAGAAGGAAAAUGAGUGGAUGGACGCAGGAACCAAAAAGAAAGCCAAAGAAAAGGCAAGAGCUGUUUUGUCAAAAGUUGGCUAUCCUGAGUUUAUAAUGAAUGAUACUUAUGUUAAUGAAGACCUCAAAGCAAUCAAGUUUUCAGAAUCUGACUACUUUGGCAACGUCCUGCAAACGCGCAAGUAUUUAGCACAGUCUGAUUUCUUCUGGCUGAGAAAAGCUGUUCCAAAAACAGAGUGGUUUACAAAUCCAACGACGGUCAAUGCCUUCUAUAGUGCAUCCACCAACCAGAUCCGAUUUCCAGCAGGAGAGCUCCAGAAGCCUUUCUUUUGGGGAACAGAAUAUCCUCGAUCUCUGAGUUAUGGUGCUAUAGGAGUAAUUGUUGGACAUGAAUUUACACAUGGAUUUGAUAAUAAUGGUAGAAAAUAUGAUAAAAAUGGAAACCUGGAUCCUUGGUGGUCUCUCGACUCCGAAGAAAAGUUUAAGGAAAAAACAAAGUGUAUGGUUAACCAGUAUAGCAGCUAUUACUGGAAGAAAGCUGGCUUAAAUGUAAAAGGGAAGAGGACCCUGGGAGAAAAUAUUGCCGAUAAUGGAGGUCUGCGGGAAGCUUUUAGGGCUUAUAGGAAAUGGAUAAAUGACAAGAGGCAGGGAGUUGAGGAGCCUCUGCUACCAGGUAUCACAUUCACCAAUAACCAGCUCUUCUUCCUGAGUUAUGCUCAUGUCAGGUGCAAUUCCUAUAGACCAGAAGCUGCCCGAGAACAAGUCCAGAUUGGUGCUCACAGCCCUCCGGAGUUUAGGGUCAAUGGUGCUAUUAGCAACUUUGAAGAAUUCCAGAAAGCUUUUAACUGUCCAUCCAAUUCCACGAUGAAUAGAGGCACGAAUUCCUGCCGACUCUGGUAGCUGGACUGCUGGCGUACACCAUCCUGAGAGAGCUGUACAGUGCCAGUAGAGGCUGCACUGAGCAUGCACGUCCUAUUACGUUAGGCCUAUAUUCCCCUGAGGACCUUUAUUUUUCAUGCAUCUUCAUUAUUUGGGUAUUGCUUGGAUCUAGACAGUAUCUUUUCAAAGUUGUAAGGCUUUAAAAAAUGGAAUACAAGAAGUGAACCAAGCAUGUUUCUUCAGAGAACCAAACCAACAAAAAUCUCUAGGAUACUUAACUUUUGUUAAAACGCUAUCUGCCGAACUGUUGCAAUUGUCCAUUUUAGUGUGUCAGCCACAGCUAAGUGGUACAUAGCAUUGUAGUCUACAACUUUGCAGGGGCCUAAGUAGAAUAUAUCCAGAAAAAAAAAUUCUGUCUUUUAAACUUUUAACCCUAAAUGAUGACAUGUUCUUGGAUAUCUGGGAGGUUUUCCUGCUCUGUGAAAUGCGUUACUAGAUUUUAUGUAUUGUCAUUACCCAGCAUUUAUUAAAUCUUAGGUAGUUACCUUAUAAAUAUGUUUUAUCUUCAUAUUAUAAUUUUUGAUGACAUUCUUGAUUUAGCUUUGGAAUUUAUUGGGAUGAAAAUGGCCUCACAGCUUGUAUCCGAUGUAGCCGAUUGCCCUGUUCAAGUCGGCAUGAACAAGGCUGGGAGAAAGGCUACUUGGUAAAGGACUUGAGUUUAUCAAGUAGGGAAAAAGGAUACAUCCUUAAGUCCCAGAAGAAGUCAAAACUCUUACGUAACAGGGACACUAGGAGAUGAAAUCUCCAAAAUUUGAUGUAGUCUGCUCAAACCUCAGUGAUUAUGUCUGUCUGUCAGACACUUUUCUUUAGUCCAAUUGCUGUUUGUCUUGUUAUCCUCCUCUAUGUACAUCCUCCUGUUUCUAAAACUAGUAGGCACCAAAUCAGUGCUGUUUGAAUUUCCCAUCGGGAACAGAUAGCUUUCAUUCCAUUUUAGUGCGAAGGGCCAAACACUACACUGAGGAGGUCGCGAAGUACCCUUCCGUUUGGGCUCAGUUAAUGUUAGCUCUCACUUAAAAAACCUUUUUGAAACAUUUCUUGAUUGAAGUCAUUUUCGAAUCUAUUGAUUAAAUGUAAAAUUCUUUGCAUAGUUCAAAUAAACAUUUUUAUGCUUCAAGUCUUCUUCUAAAGAGUCUGUAAGGAAGAGCCGUACCGCUUUGAUCUUCAGAACUUUAUCCUUUCAAGUGAACUCUCUCUUAUCAGUGUGUGUGUGUGUGUGUGUGUGUGUGUGUGUGUGUGUGUACAUGAUAAAAUCAUAAUGGCCUUCAAGUGUUUACUUGGCAUUUCCAGUUUCUUAAAAUAGCCACCCCUCUUUUUACAUUUAUUCAUUGUAUAUGUGAUUCUGGAUUAUUUGGGCCAAUGGGAAAAUCUCUAAAGCAAAAUGACAAAUUCAGACCGACUAUAGGAGGCCAUUUUGCAACCUUGUGAUUUGUCAUCCUUUUUAAAAAAAAUAUAUGUGUGUGUGUAGCCUGUCCUUUUGUAACCAUGGGAACUUCUAAAGGGAGAAAAAUGCAGGGGCACCAUCAUGAGGAAAAUAAUUAUACUGUGUUAGUCAGAGGAGAGUGAUUUUCCCCUUGACUUCCUCCUCUCCGAAUGGAUAAACUUCUGAAGGGCAGCUACCUUUUCCGCCUCUUAACUAUGGCUUACUAUGACAUUAGUUUGUAAUUUUAAAAACAAGCACUCGUAGGUUAGGGGUGAUGGAAACAUAUGUCCCUUUUCUGUAGAAGAGUCAUUCUGAUGUGUUUUAGACAUUACAACAUACUCCUUGUUUUAUUCCUGUUCUUGGACAUUUAAAAUCAGCUGAGGGUUGUUAUGCUUUUAGGAAAAAGCAUUUUCCUUCGAUGUUUGUCUUUUUAAACUCCAAAUAAACACAUUCCUGCAAAUCAGAGGCAGUGUUUGAUGAAAGCAUAUAAUUUUGACUUUGAAAAUGGGAAUUGUUCGGUCACUUGUUGGUUUAGAAAAGCUGAUUGGUGACCACUUGGGAACCUCAUAGUUUCUAAAUAUGAGCCUGCCUUGUUCUCGUUAACUCUACUUGAUAUAACUCAGUUGCACUGAAAGUUGUAGAAAGGAUGGCCAUUAUUAAAAUAAAACAAAACCAAAGCAUUAGUACCAAAUCAUGACUACUAGCUAGAACAAUGUACUAGUAGGAUUGUAUUUCUGAAUACCUGCUUGCGUUUAUGUUUUCAGAUUACACUCUGGUUGUCCCUUCUAUUCAAUACAGGUUGCUAAAAGAAGUCGACAGAGGUUAAGGGGUGAGGGUAAAAUGCAAUUGGAAGGGAAGAAAACAAGUUGGGAGAAGCUGGCCUAAAAAAUGUGAUUCUGAAGAGAAGGCAGUAUUUUGGCAAUCCUCACUAAGGACAUCCACUGAAGGAAAGCCAUAAAGUUUUAUAAAAAUAAUUAUGGUAAAUUAAAAGGAAAUUAGAUAUUGGAUCUCAGAUUAGGACUGCCAUAACACACUUCUCUGAUUCAUAUGCCAGAUGUUCUGCCAGUGAACUAUUUCUGGGCAUUGGAAGGAGUUAGUUUUUUUUUAAUGAAAAUCUGGAUUAGUCAAGGAUUUCAUGUAUAUAAAAUGGUAUUGUUUGGGCUUACCACCAUUGCCCAAAGUUUCUUGAGCUUUUCACCAACCACACAGCAAUGGCUUCUUAUUUCCAUUUUUUUUCCUUUUAUGAGAUAGAUUUGGACAUGAUUAAUGCAAGCUCAGGAUUCAUAAAUUAUCCUGAAGUUUAUUCAGUGCCUUUCCUCAAUGGAGCUCAAAGCAUAGCACAUAAAUUUUUAUCUGACUUAGCCCUGGAGCAUUGCUAAGAAGCAAGUAGGAGCUAUGGCUUGCCAUACAGGUUAUGCUCAUGCCGGAGAAGUGGAAAAGUUUGAAAUCACUUGUCAAGUAUUCCAGAGUCAGAAAAGGCCGAGCUUUUGUGUUUUGGCUGCUGACCUUGGCGUUAGCCUUCAUCCCUUAGAAUACCCAUCUCUAAAUACGCUUAUUUUAUAGUAUAUCUAUAAUCUCAGUAUUUGAUAGGCUUCAUCCUUGAUAUUUUUAGCAUAAUGUCUCAGUUGCAUAUUAAAGGAUAUAUGGUUAUAUCAUACAAUAACAUUCUCAUCGGCAGUGGCUGUGCUCCACUGGUUAAAGAAUGAUAUUCUUGGAUGAUGCAUUUUCUAUCUAAAUGGUCAUUGUAUUUGCUUUCCCUGCUUGUGAAACAAUGUGAACAAUCAUUUUAAGGACAAUAAAAAGUUGAAAAAU